CUCACUCACUCACUCAUUCAUUCAACCCACUGAACCAGACACCACCGCUCAGCAGCAUGUACUCACACAUCGAAUGCGGGAUCUGUUACCGGACCUACAACGCCGGUCGCCGGUGUCCCCGGGAGCUCCGCUGCCGUCACACCUUCUGCGAGGGCUGCCUCCUGGCUCUGUCCCGACCCGGCGAGGGAAGCCCGGGGGCGGACACCGCGAUCCUCUGCCCGCUGUGCCGACAAACCACCUCCAUCCCUUGCGAGGGGAGGAUCCGAUCGGAGCUCCGGGUGGAUGAGAGCGUCCUGGCUCGGCUGAUGGAGGCGGAGGUGCUCGAUCAAGAGGAAGAGGAGGACCCGGAGGAGGCUCCGGACCAGGACGAAGACGAGGGGGCGACGCUCCAGGAGACUCAAGCCGAGGAGAGCGACUCUUCCGCGGGCUCCAGAGGCGGGAAGGUCCGGCGGUCCUUGAAGAAAGUUUGGAAGGUGAUAAGCGGGAAGAGCUUACAGCAGGGCGGUGGACAAAACUGUAUGACCAGCGAUGACUUGAGGAAUCUCGCCAUGAUGUCCUGCUACAUGUUCUGAACAGGCCACAGCCUCACAUACCCUGGAUACAAUGUGAUAGCCUACUGUAUUUACUAUGCAAUGUUCUCCCUGCCAACAUGGACUGAUGAUGAUGAAGAUGAUGAUGAUGAUGAUGGCUGCCAAGACACAUGGACAAGAUGAUUUCAGCGUUCUGACUGCCUGUUGAAUUGUUGACAACUUUGUAGAUGUUGCACUCAAAUAGGAUAGAAAAUGGAAAACUGUGAUUGACCAAAGUGGCCCACAAAUGUAUGUGAUAUUUAUUGUUUUCAUAAAUGUAUUUAUUUCAUAUUCUUUAUAUAUAUAUAUAUUUAAGGAAAAAUAAAUGAGCUCUUGUUAAAA